UCACGACUAAGCAGGAGCUUCUUCAGAAAGAUUCAGAGAACUCCUACAGGUUUAGUCCGACGUCAGAAUGAUGAACCCUGCUUUCCUCUCUGUGGCUCUGCUGCUGCUGCUGCUGCUUCCUGGGGCCCCAGCUAGAAAGGACUCACCUGAAAGUGAUUCACCUGAAAGCAUUCCAGCUGAAAGUGAUUCAGCUGAAAGUGAUUCAGCUGAAAGUGAUUCACCUGAAAGUGAUUCACCUGAAAGCAUUCAAGCUGAAAGUGAUUCAGCUGAAAGUGAUUCACCUGAAAGCAUUCAAGCUGAAAGCAUUCAAGCUGAAAGUGAUUCAGCUGAAAGUGAUUCACCUCAAAAUGAUUCAGCUGAAAGCAUUCAAGCUGAAAGUGAUUCAGCUGAAAGUGAUUCACCUGAAAGUGAUUCACCUGAAAGCAUUCAAGCUGAAAGUGAUUCACCUGAAAGUGAUUCACCUCAAAAUGAUUCAGCUGAAAGCAAUUCAGAUGAAAGCAUUUCAGCUGAAAGCAUUCCAGCUGAAAGCAUUUCAGCUGAAAGCAAUUCAGCUGAAAGCAUUUCAGCUGAAAGCAUUUCAGCUGAAAGCAAUUCAGCUGAAAGCAUUUCAGCUGAAAGCAAUUCAGAUGAAAGCAUUCCAGCUGAAAUCAAUUCAGAUGAAAAUAUUUCAGAUGAAAAUAUUUCAGAUGAAGUUGCACCAACUCCAAAUUGUGUAACUCCCUUCAGCAUCCUGGUGUCAAACUCUGUAACCAACGCUCCCAACAAGACCUACAGCACGUGUGUGGUUUACAGAGGAAUCUUACUGGGAGGAAUGAGGAGACUGCAGGAAACAAACAAAGGGUUUAGGUUCACCUACACCGAGGAUCCCAACUACGGCCCAUAUCUGCAGAGUGUGAAUGGUUUGAAAGGCAGUACAAAGGACCGCACUUACUGGGAGCUGCUGGUCAAAAAAGCCAACGAAACCAUCAGACUUAAUGUUGGUAUUGGAGCUUUCAUUCCGAGUGAAAAUGACCAAAUCAUCCUGAAUUUUAAGGAGUACUAAAGGAUCCAACGCCACUGGAAAUCAUCAUAAGAUCAAAGCCAGAUUCCACUGUAUGAUUAUGUAUUUCAUACAUUCAGAUAUAAAUAACAGCUUGAUACAUAACCCCUAAUGUAAACAAGAGGGGUUCGCAUUACGAUGUCUUGACUUUUUGAUGGUCUCAUGGGAAUCCACCUUCACUUUAAAUGUUCUGCUUGUAAUCAAAUAUUUCUUCUUUCCUAUUACUGAGGCAGACAUAACACUAUACUCACUUGAACAUGCUUUGUGUGAAUCUUUCUGUACCAGGAAACAAACAAUUUCCUGGUAAAACAUCAUGCACACCAUUGUUGGCAUUCAUCCUGUUAAACAUUUCCUAAACAAUAUGAAGGUCACCACUUACAGGUGGCAACACAAUACUGAUAUAUAAUUGUUGGUUAAUGUUUGGGUAAUUAAGGAAACUGUCUUAGGAGUCAGUAACAGAAUACGAUGCAAGUGUAACAGCAUGUAAUGUGUCUACUUACUGUAAGUCUUUGUUAAUGUUAAGACUCUUUCUAUUUCUUAAUUGAUCAAGAAUAAAUGUAGUUAUUCGUUCAUAGAAGACACAUUUUCUGUUAAAAUAAAGUGUUUCAAGAAUAAUAA